CACGGGCAAAAUGGAAGAGUUCUUUCUCUUUGGAGCCUUCCUGGAAGCGACCAUGAUUGACAGGAAGAUCGGGGACAAACCCAUCAACUUUGAGGUCACAAUAGGCAACUACGGGAACCAGAUCGACGGCACAGCCAAGCCCAGCCUGAAGAGGAAGAAGGAGGGCGGGGACGGCGAGCAGGAGGACUCCGAGCUGCUCCAGCACUCGAGCGAGGACGAAGCCGAUGACGACGGGGAGCUGGUCUCCGUCUCCUCGACUCAGCCAAUGAAGCCCCUGAUCACUGACAGGCAAGUGAACUACUUCCACUUGCCUUACUUCGAGAAGAAGCCCUGCAUCUACAUCAAGAGCUGGUGGCAGGACCAAAGGCGGAGGCUCUACAAUGCCAACAUCAUGGACAAGAUCGCGGACAAGCUGGAGGAGGGGCUCAACGACGUGCAGGAGAUGAUAAAGACCGAGAAGCCGCACCCUGAGCGCCGGCUCCGAGGGGUCCUGGAAGAGCUGAGCAGCGGAUGCUUCCGCUUUGUGACCCUCGCCAACAAAGACCAGAGCCUCUCUGCCCGCACCCGACUGGACCGAGAGCGGCUCAAAUCCUGCAUGCGGGAGCUGGAGAACAUGGGCCAGCAAGCCAAGACCCUACGGUCGCAGGUGAAGAAGAAUACGAUGAGGGACAAGCUGAAGCUGGUGCAGAACUUCCUGCAGAAGCUCCGCUUCCUGGCGGACGAGCCACAGCACAGCAUCCCCGACAUCUUCAUCUGGAUGAUGAGCAACGGCAAGCGCAUCGCCUACGCCCGCAUCCCCUCCAAGGACAUCCUGUACUCCAUCGUGGACGAGGAGACCGGCAAGGACUGCGCCAAAGUGAAGACUGUCUUCCUGAGGCUGCCCGGGAAGAGGGGCUUCGGGCCGGCCGGCUGGACGGUGCAGGCCAAGAUGGAGAUCUACCUGUGGCUGGGCCUCAACAAGCAGCGCAAGGACUUCCUGAGCGGCCUGCCCUGCGGCUUCGAGGAGAAGAAAGCCAGCAAGGGCCUCGGCCUCCAGGCCUUCCCGCCCAUCAGCCUCCUCUACACUAAGAAGCAGGUGUUCCAGCUCCGAGCCCACAUGUACCAGGCCAGGAGCUUGUUCGCCGCAGACAGCAGUGGCCUCUCCGACCCCUUUGCCCGGGUUUUCUUCAUCACCCAGGGCCAGUGCACGGAGGUGCUCAACGAGACGCUCUGCCCAACCUGGGACCAGCUGCUGGUCUUCGACAACGUGGAGCUCUACGGGGAAGCCCACGAGAUGCGGGACGACCCCCCCAUUAUCGUCAUUGAGAUCUACGACCAGGACACGGUGGGCAAGGCGGACUUCAUGGGCCGCACCUUUGCCAAGCCGGUGGUGAAGAUGUCGGAUGAAGACUAUGGCCCCCCGCGCUUCCCGCCCCAGCUGGAGUACUACCAGAUCUACCGGGGCAACUCCACAGCCGGCGACCUGCUGGCGGCCUUCGAGCUGCUCCAGAUCGGCCCGGCUGGCAAGUUGGACCUGCCUCCGAUCGAUGGGCCGACGGACACGGAGCAGGGUCCCAUCCUGCCAGUGCCCCUGGGGAUCCGACCCGUGCUGAGUAAAUACAGAGUGGAGAUCCUGUUCUGGGGCCUGCGGGACCUGAAGCGGGUGAACCUGGCCCAGGUGGACCGGCCCCGGGUGGACAUCGAGUGCGCCGGCAAGGGCGUCCAGUCGGCCCUGAUCCAGAACUACAAGAAAAACCCCAACUUCAGCACCCUGGUCAAGUGGUUUGAAGUGGACCUCCCAGAGAAUGAGCUGCUCCACCCACCCCUGAACAUCCGGGUGGUGGACUGCCGGGCCUUUGGCCGGUACACGCUGGUGGGCUCCCACGCCGUCAGCUCCCUGCGGAGGUUCAUCCACCGGCCCCCGGACAAGAAAUCCCAGCACUGGAACGCUGCAGCUAAGCUGCUCAACGGCUACUUGGCCCUGGCAAACGGAGGCCCGUACUAUCGUCCCCCAGGUGAAAUUGUCAUCAACAUGGAACCGGAGGUGCCCAUCAAGAAGAUGGAGACCAUGGUGAAGCUGGAGGCUAACUCUGACGCGGUGGUGAAGGUUGACGUGUCGGAAGAGGAGAAGGAGAAGAAGAAGAAGAAGAAGAAAGGAGUGGGGGAGGAGAUAGAGGAGGAGGAACCAGACGAAAGCAUGCUGGAUUGGUGGUCCAAGUACUUUGCUUCCAUUGAGACUAUGAAGGAGCAACUCCGGCAGCAGGAAGCGGCUGCAGCAGAAGCCGAAGAGAAGGAGGAACUGGAGAUUGCAGAGGGCUCCAAGGGCCAGGCAAAGACCAAGGAGAAGGUCAAGGCACCCAAAGAGGACAAGAAGAAGAAGCAGCAACAGCCACUGGAGGCCCCUGAGAAGAAGAGCAAACAGAAGAUUGACGAGCUGAAGGUCUACAACAAAGAACUGGAAAUGGAGUUCGACUGCUUUGAAGACUGGCUGCACACGUUCAGCCUCUUCCGGGGGAAGAUCGGGGACAACGACGACACCACGACGGAGGAAGAGCGGAUAGUGGGCCGGUUCAAGGGUUCCAUGUGUGUUUACAAAGUGCCGCUUCCCGACGACAUCACCAAGGAGGCAGGAUACGACCCCAACUUCGGCAUGUUCCAGGGGAUUCCAAACAAUGACCCCAUCAACGUGCUGGUCCGAGUGUACAUCGUGAGGGCCACCGACCUGCACCCAGCCGACAUCAACGGGAAAGCCGAUCCCUAUAUCGCCAUCAAGCUGGGCAAGACGGACCUCAAAGACAAGGAGAACUACAUCUCCAAGCAGCUCAACCCCAUCUUUGGGAAGUCAUUCGACAUUGAGGCCACCUUCCCCAUGGAGUCCAUGCUGACGGUGGCCGUGUACGACUGGGACCUGGUGGGCUCUGACGACCUGAUCGGGGAGACCAAGAUCGACCUGGAGAACCGAUACUACAGCAAGCACCGGGCCACCUGCGGCAUCUCACAGACCUACUCCACCCACGGCUACAACCUGUGGCGGGACCCCGGGAAGCCCACGCAGAUCCUCGCCAAGCUGUGCAGAGAGGGCAAGGUGGACGGGCCCCACUACGGCCCUGGAGGGCGGGUGAAAGUCGCCAACCGGGUCUUCACCGGCCCCAGGGAGAUGGAGGAUGAAAACGGUCAGAAGAAGCAGACGGACGAGCACCUGGCCCUGGCAGUGCUGCGCCACUGGGAGGAGAUCCCCCGCGUGGGCUGCAAGCUCGUCCCGGAGCACGUGGAGACGCGGCCGCUGCUGAAUCCCGACAAGCCUGGCAUCGAACAGGGCCGGCUGGAGAUGUGGGUGGACAUGUUCCCCAUGGAUAUGCCGGCACCUGGCCCCGCCAUCGACAUCUCUCCCAGGAAGCCGAAGAGAUAUGAGCUUAGAGUGAUAGUGUGGAACACAGAUGAGGUAAUCCUGGAGGACGAUGAUUUCUUCACUGGGGAGAAAUCCAGUGACAUUUUUGUCAGGGGGUGGCUGAAGGGCCAGCAAGAGGACAAGCAGGACACGGACGUGCACUACCACUCGCUCACGGGCGAGGGCAACUUCAACUGGCGCUACGUCUUCCCCUUCGACUACCUGAUGGCGGAGGAGAAGAUCGUCAUCUCCAAGAAGGAGUCCAUGUUCUCCUGGGACGAGACCGAGUACAAGAUCCCGGCUCGCCUCACCCUGCAAGUCUGGGACGCCGACCACUUCUCUGCUGACGACUUCCUUGGGGCGAUCGAGCUGGACCUGAACCGCUUCCCGCGCGGCGCCAAGACGGCGAAGCAGUGCAGCAUGGACAUGGUGACCAACGAGGGCGACCUGCCCCUGGUCUCCAUCUUCAAGCAGAAGAGGGUGAAGGGCUGGUGGCCCUUCGUGGCCCGGAAUGAGAACGACGAGCUGGAGCUCACGGGCAAGGUGGAGGCCGAGCUGCACCUGCUGACAGCGGAGGAGGCGGAGAAAUCCCCCGCGGGGCUGGCCCGCAACGAGCCCGACCCGCUGGAGAAACCCAACCGCCCCGACACUAGCUUCAUCUGGUUCCUGAACCCCCUGAAGUCCAUCCGUUACUUCAUCUGGCACACGUACCGCUGGUUCCUCCUGAAACUCCUCCUCCUCCUCCUUGUGCUCCUCCUGGUCGGCCUCUUCCUCUACUCCAUGCCGGGCUACCUGGUCAAGAAGCUGCUGGGGGCCUGA